AGCUAUUUUAAAACGUCACGACGAAGAAGACGACGACGACAACGACGACGGCGGAAAAUAAACGGUAGAAGAAGAGGAAGGACGAGGCGCCAGCUGCAGCCUGUGAAUAGAAAGUGAAAGCAACAUCUGGCUGCGGACAAGGACGCGUUGACGGCCACUGAUCCCCGCCCAGACGUCAGAGGACAAGAACAGAGGAAUCGGGUGUUGACACGUACGGACUCAGGAAGGAGGACCGGUUCCGCUGUGCAGAGACGAAUCAGAGGAAAAAGAAGGAGGAGGUGGACUCGAAGAGGACUUUCAGAUGGCGGGGUUUCUGGAUAACUUCCGCUGGCCAGAGUGGGAAUGCAUCGACUGGGGGGAGAGGAGGAACGCGGUGGCCUCUAUCGUCGCUGGAGUCCUGUUCUUCACAGGCUGGUGGAUCAUGAUUGACGCAGCGGUGACGUAUCCUUCCCAGGAGCAGAUGAACCACGCCUUCCACACAUGCGGCGUCUUCUCCACCAUAGCGUUCUUCAUGAUCAAUGCGGUUUCUAACGGCCAGGUGAGAGGAGACACAUACGGCGAGGGCUGCCUUGGCAGGACAGGAGCUCGUCUGUGGCUGUUCAUCGGCUUCAUGAUGAUGUUUGGCUCGCUCAUCGCCUCCAUCUGGAUCCUGUUCGGUGGCUACGUGGUGCCGAAGAAAGAAGUGGCGCCCGGGCUGGCUGUCUUCUUUCAGAAUGCCUUCAUCUUUUUUAGCACUCUGAUCUACAAGUUCGGCCGGACUGAAGAUUUAUGGGGUUAAAGGGUCCGUCUUAUUACUGAUGACACACACACACACACACACACACACACAGUCAACAUGUUUUAUAACCUCCCCCCCAAACACACAAACACACAUGAAUUCACAGAAUGUUUUAUAAUCUGCAUUUGCUUUUUAAAUUGCUAUUAUUGCUGCUCCACCCCCACACACACACACACAAACAAACAAACAAACAAUAGUUCUUAUUUUGUUUAUCUGUGCUGUUCUUGAGAAAAUACUUUUAAAACUGUUUGUAUUUUAAGAAAAGAGGGAAUGUGGUAUUUAUUCAUUCAGAGGGUGGGGGGGUCACAGUGUGAGUUAACUGUCCGAAAAGGGAAAUCUUUUUGCGUUAGGACGGGCUGAUUCACUGAUUAUAAAUACGUUUUUUAAAAGUGGACGUGAGGGAACGAAGCCCUCGCCGCUCUCGCCACCGAAGCUGCUCGUUAUUGUAGGUUAGUUUAUGGACACAUGCACUGGAUUCUAAUGUCUUUUUAGAUGAGCGUUUUCUUUUCAUAGGUCUGAUUCGUGUUAGGAUCAGUUUCCUGUUGACAGAUUAGUUGCUGUCGUUCUGCCUCAGGAGGAAGUGUGUUGUUUUUUUUUUGUCCGUUUUGUCCUCUUGUACUUUCUCUUUGUUUCUACCAGAAACUGUCCUGUAAAGUGAGAUGUAAGUAUUCAGCAUAUUUUGCGUUUUAGCCAUUUUAAGUAUUUAAGUAUAGAACAAAUGUUGUGAAGCUGCCGAAGAGGCUGCUGCGGUAACAGUAUUAAACUGUAAGGACUUUACACUCCUUGCUUUCACAUGUAGACCCAUGAAAACAGGUUUUUCUGAAGAUCUUGUACCCUAAAAGCUUUGACUUGCAUGGAGUAAAAAUAAGACGGGGGAAGUGGGAAAUCGAGGUUACUUCCCCGUCUUCCUGACAAAUUUUUAAAUCGACUGUCUGACUUGUCAAGAGCUUUGAACAUGUGAAAAAUAAAGAAAACAGUUUUAUUUGGAGAA